UAACAAAGUCUCUCCGUCGCUGAUUUUGAAAUUUAAACUUCACAGUAAGUAGUGUCUGUAUCUUUCACCAGCAACAAAGAGAGAAGAGAAAAAUCGACGAAUAAGAAUGAGGGGAGUAGGAGCAGAGAAGAAGAUAACUCUGGAGGAAUACGUCGAUUUCAUCAACUCUGCAAAGUCCAUCGACUUCACCUGCUCCUACCUCAAUCAGAUCCUUCACAUUCACGGCUUCCGAAAGCUUCACAAAUCCAAUAAGAAAACUGUAGGAGAAGCAGUAGGCGCAGUGGAUCUACUCGAUCUCUCUCGCUCGACUCUCAAUCAAACCUCCGUCGCGUCAUCAGCUUCCCUAACUCUCGAUCAAGUCAUAAGCGACAUCGAAGCUCUCAAGUGGCAGGAGUGCUGCCUCACCUCUCUCCAGAUCAUCAGUUCCGAUGAAGUCACUCCAGGACCAGCCGUCGCCAGCCCCAAGCAGAAAUCGAACAAGAGAAAGAUCGGAAACCAAAAGAAGAAGAAGAAAAUGCGAAGAGCGUCAGAUCUAUGAACGAAGCAGCAGCAGCUAAUUACUUCCUACGACGACUGAUGGCUUCAAGCUACUUUGAGAAGCCACAAGAAGAGGAUGACACAUUUGAAGAUCACAUUGAAGAUGAGCCCUAUGUGUUUGUGGAGCCACCACCCUUUGAUAUACGCAUACUCACACCAGACCAAAGGGAUGAGUUGCAUCGGCUUCAGAGAAUGAAAGAGAAUCGGGACAAGACAAAGAGAAACCUAGCACAACUUAUCCGGAUACACCUCAUUAGGGACCGAGCAGAGUUUGAAGAAAGGGAGGUUACCCAGUAUGAGUUAGAUGCUGCUUGUGCCCUUAAUGAGGUAAUGUAUUGGGCUCCACCACUCCAACUGGAAGGUAUAGAAAUUUCCACUUUAAAACUUCAACUCGAGGAAAUAUGCUUGCCUUGUGGUGAGAAUAAUAUCUCUGGUCUUAAUUCUCUUGUGCUCAUGAAUGAAUGUCUUGAUCUGAUAUGUGAAACUAAGAAACUAGAUGAGUUGAGAAUAGAAAAGCUUGUUAGAGAUCAUAUUGAAGUUUGUUUUGACAAGAGCUAUCUAUGUGCUUCAUUUGAUCUUGAAUCUGAGUUUUUCAUUCUUGAUGAACCUAGACCUCUUCUUGAACUUCCUGAUUUAGGGGAUGAACUUGAUGUGGAUAAGCUCUUGCUUGAGAUAGAAAACCCCCAUGCUGAAAACUAUCAUGAGAAUGUGAACAUUGUGUAUUAUUUGAUUGAUGGAGAUAGAGUUGACUACUUUGUUAAAACCUCAUUUGAACAUGUAGUUGAUUUUGUGUUUCCACCUAAUGCUUUUGAUUCUCAUGAUCAUCUGAACCUCAAGGAGCAUUUCAUAACUCAUGUCAUAUCUUUAGUGAAGCUCUUUGAGGAAAAAUCUGUCUAUUUUCUAUGGACAGUAGUGUGCUCCUUUGCAUACUUGGUUCCUUGUUCUUGGAGGAGAAGGACCAAAGGUGCAUUGGCUCAGCCUUUUGAUACUUAUGAUUAGCAAGCACACAAAGUCAAGCUAGAGACUUAAAACAAGCUCACUUGGGAGGAAAUCUCAAGAGUAUCCUUUGUAUAUAUGUGUGAAUGUUUUUAAUAAAUUGUGUGAACUAUCCUUGUUUGUGUGUUUGUUUGUGUGAAUUGUGUGUGAUUUCAGUUUGGAAGGUGCUCAGGAAAAGGAAAGGAUUCAAAAGAGGCUAGGAAAGAAACACAAGUGCUGUGGAGACAUGCUCAUAGCGACAUAUCCAUAGUGACAUGCUCAAGUCGCUACAGUCACAAGGUAAGUACUCUAAUCCGGUUUAAAUUCUCUCCACAUCUCUAGUAAUUUUUAUUUUACUUAUCAUGUAAACCACUCCAAAUUCAAAGUCACACAAGAGACUGUGUGAUUCGAGUGUGGUGGGGGUAGUAUAAAAACUGAUCAUUUUGCUUGUUUUUAUUUGGAUGAUUUGCAUUUGACAUAUCUAGCACUUUGCAUCUGUGUGGAUUUUAAUGAUUUGCAUUUUGGAUUUUUUUUGUGGUUUCUAAAUUAAAAAAAAAAAAAAAAUGUGAGUUUUGAAUUAUGCAUAGGGAGCCAUGAUUGAAAUUGCCAUGAAAAGAACAUAUCUACAAGCAUCUCUCGAGCCUUGAAAACUCUUUUUGAAACAUGUUGCUCAUAUGAUAUUGACAUUGUUCUUGAAACCAAUUACAAACUGAACUUGGGCAUAAUGAAUUUAAUCUCUCUUGCAUAUGGGCACUUGCAUACUUGAUCAUGGAUUUCAUACACAUUUGGGUUAUCUUAUUCCAUUUAUUAUCCUUUGAUUAACCCAAAUGGCACUCCCCUACCCUUAAACCCUUGCCAUUCUUUGAAACCAAUAUUGAUUUGUUGAGUGAGGUCUCUUAUUGAUAGCUUGUCAUGUGCAAAAUCUUGAGAGUAUUGGGAGCGACAUAUGUUUGUUCUCAUCUAUUGCUAGCAUAAGAUCCUCAUUUGAACUAGCAUCUAGGAUGGUGAGUGAGUUUGUGUGUUUUUAAGUUGUUAUAUCUUGGGUUUGAGAAAAGAGAAAAAGAUCAAAGAGUGUCAAUAAGAAAAGAAAACCAAUAGGAACCAAGAAAAUAAAAGAAGAAAAACUCUUAAGUGUGUCAAUUAGAAUUCCCCAAAGUAAAAAAAAAAAAAAAAAAAAAAAAAAGAAUGAAAAAUCAUAAUGGGGAAAGAAAAAGAGUGUCAAGUUCUUAGUUGGUUGAUCAUGUAAAAAAAAAAAAAAGAGAGAGUUCACUUGGUGAGAAAUGUGAGUGAAGUGUAUAUACUUGGGUUUUGAAAUAUAAAAGAUGGGUAGAAUUUGUAAUCACUUAGGAAGAAGAGUAGAAUGAUGAGAAUGAGCUAUGUAUGCAUGAAUUGCUCCUAGUCUUAGAUAAAUUUUGCAUAAUGAUCAUGCUCCUUGUUCUUGAGUGAUUGCCACCAUUAAAAAGAUUGUAUUUGAACCUUUCUUUUUAUUCAUAAAAGACCAUUAAUCUACCAAGCCAAGUGAUUGAGAUCAUGUGCCCAUUUGUGAGAAUCCACCUUGUGUGUGUGUGUGAAUGAAUGUGAGAAUUGGUUGAAGUUACUUGUUGAUAGAUGAGCAUUGCACUUUGUAUAAAGAAAUAAAAAGAGGUUGAUAGGCAUUGAGAAGCUAGACUGAUAAAAGAAUGACCAAUGAUUGUUUGCUAUGAUCAUUUGGAAUGUUGUAGAAGAGCUAGGAUGUGUGUCUUUUGGCUAUGAGCUCCCUUUUUCAAACUUCUUCCUUCUUAGGACUUGAAAGUUUACUUGAGGACAAGUAAAGGACUAGUGUGGGGGAGUUGAUAUCUUGUGAAUUUACAUGUUUUUAACUUCUUAUUCUUGCAUGGUUUGGUCAUUUAGAGCAUCAUUUAGGUUGCAUAUCAUUGCAUUUGUACAUAUCAGGUGUUGGAGAGCACCAUGGAUGAGUUAGAGGACCAUUGGUGGGAUUUUCAGAGGCAUUUGGAGCUCAAAAGGAGUGUUUAGAGUGGUCAUUGGGCGAGCAAGGCAUGGGAGCGACCAGUCCGGAGCGACACCACCAAGUCGCUCUGAUCACCCUACUGGAGCGACCUUACUAGAGCGACAGGGAAGAGUCGCUCGCGUAUUGAUCACCCGGAGACAACGAAUCCGGAGCGACCUCUCACAGCGACACAGCGAGGUCGCUCCCGAAUCCGGAGAGUGAAAGAUGAACACGGAUGAAAGCCUUAAAAAUCUCUUCUGAAGCUCAAAAUUUGUGGAGACACUGGAAAUUGAGUUAGCUUUCCAAUGGAUGUGGUUUCAAGUCAUUUGAAGCUGUAUUGGACAAGUUAUGAUCGAUUUACUAUAGGUGUAUCAAUCCUUGCCGGGGACCACUUGAAAGUUGAUGGGAUCAACCAACUUCCCACUAUCUUCCACCCACCUUUCCUUUGCACGAUUUUUCCUACUUUUCUGUAUAAUAUUUGCUUUCUUAUUAUCAAAAGAGUGGGCAAGAAACAUCAUAAUCCAACUUUGUAAUAAUUUAACUUGUAAAAAAACUCUCUCUCUUUGAAAUAUUAUUGUUCUUAGUGUU